AUGCACACUGCGAGCCGGUCGUCUCGACCAAUCAGAAGUGCAAUUUCUCGGCACGUGUUAGGCUCAGCCCGACACUCUUGCCCUGUACCUCUUCACAUUUCACCCAUUUUAUCUUUCACUCUCUCGCUCUCCUGGUCUCGUUCUCUCUCUCUCUUGUUCUCGUCUCUCUGCAGGCCUGCUCAAAGCAUCGCAUUCGCAUAUGCCCUCGGGUCCACUCAUGCCCUAUUUGCCAAGCCACGGUCAACUGGGCCUAGGGCCCGGCAACUCAGCUCCAUUUUUCCCUUCUCCUCGGUUCUCCUCUUCACCAGUUCAUCGCGUCCGUCCGACGAGACGAGGGGACAACUGAGUGGAGCUAACCUGACACGACGAGUUAGUCAGCCACCCUUAAAUGUUGCCAAGUUGCCGCGUGACGCGCAAUGUUGGUUUGUCGAUUGUCAGAAAAAAAACAACAACAGAUCUCUCAGGCUGCUGUACAUCGCCUCGUGA